AUGGCAGCCCAGUCGAUGGCGAUGUUCUACCCGGCGAUCGACUUCGCAACGUGGUUAACACUUUUUGUGCUUCUACUUCUGGUCAUAUGGUUCCUCGGAACGACGAGGUUCGCACAGUUUUUGACACUACUGGGGCUUUUGAAGCUCAUGAUAAUGAUUGGCCUCAGUGUGUUCGCAAUCUCUCUGAUCAGUCGAAAGGGCCAACCACCGGAAUACAGCCCUUUCAGAAACUGGCAUCAUCCCGGAGCAUUCAAUGGAGGAGCGUUUGGAAUUGCGGCUACUCUAUUCUUCUCGGGUACGGUACGGAAUGGCCUGGACAUUCUCAGCCUAGGUGUUCGAGAGUCGAGUCCGUCGUCUACCAGAUAUCGGUCCGGAUGUCACCUGCUAGUCUGGAGUCUGGCUGCUCUCCGCUCUUUUAAUGCCGUGGUUGCUGGAGUGAGUGUGCCGUUCACUGAUUUACGGCUCAUAGACCUCACGUCGCUAAACCCCAUUAACUCUUCUCCUGUUGCUAUCGCCAUGAAGACCUAUGGAGGGCCUAGUUUCACCUUGAUAUUCCUGCAGAUUGGUAGUAUCAUGACACGGUUCACAGCCGCCUCGUCGGCGAUCUAUGGAUCCUCCAGGGCGGCUUCUGAGCUUGCUGAGCAGAAACAAGCACCUAAUGCUCUGCUUGUACGGAAUGACAGUGGUCGCGCAGUAUCAUGUUUUGUCAUUGCUGCUCUCCCGGCACUUUUGAGCUUCAUAGCGCUGUCGGAAUAUGGCAAGUCCGUUCUCGUCUAUGCCCCGGAAUCCAGUGGCACUCCAAUGGUUUUUGUCUCCUUGACUAUAUUCGUCGCACAUCUCAAAUUCUCGAAGGAACUUCGAAGGCGGAGACAAAACCCAGUGAAUAAUUUCCAUGGAGGCUUCAUAAGCGAAGCAAGUUCUUGGUUUGGAGCUUCCUUUUGCUGCGUCGUGGUCCUCUCCCAGCUAUGGACCGGGCUGGGGCCAACAGUGUACGGAGAUGUGCUCUCGGUCGAAAUGGAUGCCAGUACUCUCCGGUCCUAUCUUUACAUCCCGAUCACAGUAACAGUCUACCUUGGCUACAAGCUUUGCCGACAAACCCUUAGGCCCAUGGGGUAA